CUCACAUACAUUUUUCUCUCUCUUUGUAUCAUCAUGUCUUCGAAAAGUGCAAAUUGUUACACCAUUAACAACAGCUCCCCGCCGACAUCUCCGCGGAACCGGCAAAAUUGCCGGAGGAGACUACGCCGGCGGGGAAGCUUUGCAAUGUUGCACCGGAGGAAUUUUCUGCUGCUUGUCUCUGUUCUAUACCUUACGGGACUGAUCAGCUGCGUUGGCCCCCUGUUUUCCCUGCUGCAAUAUUCUGGUUUAGCAACUGGUGCUGUUUAUCGUAGUCAUGAGAUUUUUCAGAAGCUUUGGACUGAUAUUGAAGCUGAUAAUUCUUCUUCAAUUCAGCUGUCCUCUGUCUGGAUAUACAAAAGAAAGCUAAAAGAGCAAAAACCCUGUUCCUUUGGGACUAUUGCCUCAACUAAAGAUUCUCCUGGAGCUAAUCUUUACUUAAUUGUUGAUGCCAAUGGUGGCCUCAAUCAGCAGCGAUCAUCGAUUUGCAAUGCAGUAGUCAUUGCUGCGCUAUUGAAUGCCACAUUACUUAUUCCUCGUCUGGAGUUUCACAAUGUCUGGAGGGAUUCGAGUGAAUUUGGUGAUAUUUAUGACGAAGACCAUUUCAUGUCCACCCUUAAAGAUUAUAUAGAAGUGGUCAAAGAACUACCAACGGAACUGAUGGAGAGAUAUGAUUCUAAUAUCAGCAAUAUUCAAAAUUUGCGAGUUCAAGCUUGGGCACCUCCAAGAUAUUACCUGGAAGAGGUUUAUCCUGUCUUAUUUAAGCAGCGGGUUGUUCGUAUUUCCCCCUUCGCUAAUAGAUUGUCAAUGCAUCUUCCAUCUCAUCUUCAGUUCCUGAGAUGCUUUUCCAAUUAUGAAGCUUUGAAGUUCUCCUUAGCCAUAUCAGAACUUGCAAAGAAGUUGGUCAAGCGCAUGAUUGAGAGGAGCUCUAACUCUAGUGGGAAGUAUAUUUCUGUCCACCUUCGCUUUGAGGAGGACAUGGUAGCCUUUUCGUGUUGUAUUUAUGAUGGAGGACAGGUUGAAAAGUCAGAAAUGGAUGUAGUACGUGAGAAAGGAUGGGGAAAGAAGUUCAAACAAAAAUAUCGUGUUAUUGCACCUGGUCUCAACCGUAAAAAUGGAAAAUGUCCUAUGACCCCUGUAGAGGUUGGCAUGAUGCUUAGGGGUAUGGGAUUUUCCAAAGACACUCCGAUAUAUUUGGCUUCUGGGAAGAUAUACCAGGCAGAUAGAUAUCUAGCACCUCUGCGGAAGAUGUUUCCACUCCUACAAACCAAGGAAACUUUGGCAACCAAAGAUGAGCUUGCUCCAUUUGAGGGUUAUUCAUCAAGACUAGCUGCUGUGGACUACCUAGUAUGCUUGUUUAGUGAGGUAUUUGUAACCACUCAAGGCGGAAACUUCCCUCAUUUUUUGAUUGGUCAUAGAAGGUACCUUUUCAAUGGACAUGCCAAGACUAUCAAACCUGAUAAAAUCAAGCUUGUAACUUUAUUGCAGAACACAAGCACAAGCUGGAUUGAUUUCAAGGAUCAAAUGGGAUCAAUGCUGGCUGAAAGUGAUAGGAAGGGCAUAAUGGUACCUAGAGUUAAGAAGUCCACCAGAAAAGGUUCUAUCUAUUCGAAUCCUUUGCCUGAAUGCAGGUGCCUUUGGGAGUCAAAAAGAACUACCAACCGUAGUAAUUCAUACCUCAUGGUAGAUCACUAAGAUUGUUCGAUAGUUCUAAGUUUCUCUGAUUUGAGAAGCCGAAGUUGAUCAAUUAAGUUGGGAUCCUUUUGCAAACACCAGACUUUAUGUGUCAAUGGGGAGUGGUAGAAUAGAUCCAUAGUUGCAAGUCCAACGUUGAUGACAGGAAU